AUGGCUACCCAAGCCCAAUCCUCCAAUAGCUUUUCUGUUGUUCUCACAGUCACUGUUGAACACACUCAGCUUAACAUCAGAGCAGCCUCGAGAGAACAGCCCGAUGCUCUCCGCACAGCACUGAUCAGGGCCCUGGGCCUGAUCACGCUCUCUCCUUCUGACUUUGCUCUCCUUCAGCUUCAGGAGAAAUUCCGCGUCUCUCUCGAAGGCGCGCGAUUGAAAACACCGGAUCGCCUGGCCGCAGUCGUCUAUUCAUGCAAUCGAGGUACCUUUCAAGAGACGCUAUGGGAGGCCCAGGUCUGGCGCCAUGGCGGGAAGCAUCUUGUCGAUGCUGUCCACAGUGCCAUCAGUCGUGUCUCUCCAGAUGACAAGCAAUCCUCCGACACCGUGGCGCUUCAUCUGUUAGAAGUCGGGGAACAACCUGCUGUCACUGCUUUCCACCUCAUGAACUGCCCUGCAAGCCUGGAAGAUUUUGGGAAGGUGAAGGACAAGUUCUUUGCCUACGGAGGCACAUUCGCGCUGGCAGCAUGUGCUGUUGCGAUAUCUGACGAUAUCCAAGUCAUGGCCUCACUAGAGAGCUUGUCCCCAGACCACAGGAGGGAAUUGGUCGCUCACUUGUUCUGCAUGAGGCUACACACUGAUUUCAUCGGCAUCGUCCAGGGCGUCUUCACAUCAAAGGAGCGCCCACAAACGAAGAGAUGCCGUAUCGGACCUGCCCCCCGCAAACCCAGGAAUCGAGACGGAGAACGAGCCGAUACCACGAUAGAGGACGAGCAGCCGCGCAAGAGACGAGCAAGAAAGCGCUCGACGCAGCACACAACUAACAUGGCCUGCCAGCGUGUGCCGGCCCAAGCUUCAGCUACGGCUAGACGUGAGAAUCCCAACGAACUGGCAGCCGUUGGGGACUCUUCGCCAUCAUACUCGCGUGGAGCCGGAGGAACGGACAAUUGCCAGACCUUUGGCAAGCGGACAGACCCUACAGGUUCUUGUUCCAAUGAUGGAAAUAUUCGAGCUGACUCGGACACGGCAGACAUGCUUCUAGACAGUAACAGCGAUCUCUUCGAAUAUUACGGCAUUGAACUGGACUCUAUAGACUUCUCUACACCUUCUUUGUGA